ACCGUCUGAAGAUGUGGGUCACUGGUGUACAUUAUUCCUCUGUAUUGGGGAGGAGAUGUGCAGAGAGGUGGAGGCGGAGUAUCCACACUGCACUGUAAUAACAUGUUUGACGCUGGCAGAAAAACACUUCAGUAACUCUUCAGGCAAACUGAUAAUGUCACCCUUCUUGUAGUUGUCAGAUAUUUUGAAGAUGCACAGGGAAACCAUGGUUCACUUGUCAGCAGGGUUGUUGGUAUUGUUUUCUCUGCAGAGCUCAGCACUCAUCCCCCAAAAUGGUUCUAUGCCCUUCCUACGGACAUUUUCUGGUCACUUUGUGAUGGUCACUGAUGAGCCUAUUGACUACGUUGACCUGUCUGUGUUGGACAGUUCGAGGGAUGACGGGGGGUCAGGCUCAGGGUCGGAGCGGGAGCCGGUGAAAAGACAUGGCCCACACCGCCAGCCCCAGAAGCACUACUUUGUCUCAGAUGAAGCUAAAAGUUUCCUCCAAGGUCGCCUGGCAACAAGCUUUGUCCCCUCUGUUUACACCCUCGUCGUCAUCAUCAGCGUGCCCCUCAACCUUGUUGCCGUAGUGAUGUUUGUACAUCCCAUCCGUCCCAGAAAACCAGCGGUGAUCUACAUGUUGAACCUGGCCUGCGCUGACCUGCUGUUCGGCCUGCUCCUUCCCUUUAAGAUCGCCUACCAUUACCAUGGCAACAACUGGAUCUAUGGCGCCGUCAUGUGCAGAGUUGUUACAGCAGCUUUCUAUUGCAACAUGUACUGCUCUGUCCUGCUCAUGACGUGCAUCAGCAUUGACCGGUUCCUGGCUGUGGUGUACCCCAUGAAUUCAUUGAUGUGGCGCAGCCCUCAGAUGGCUUCAGCUGUGUGUGCUGCCAUGUGGCUGCUGGCCCUCGGAGGAGUAUCCCCUCUCCUCAUCUCAGGGCAAACCAUCCAUCUGUCAGACCUGGGCAUCACCACCUGCCACGAUGUGCAGGAUGUGGAAAAACUACAAGCGUACUACCUUUACUUCUUCCCCAUCUACUCCUCCAUCUUCUUCUUCAUCCCUCUUGUCUUCACUGCCGUCUGCUACGUGCGAAUCAUUCAGGCCCUGGCAGCAGCCAACGUGGAGAACCGCUCCAGGAAGACUCGAGCCGUGGUGAUGGCUGUGGUCGUUCUGGUGGUGUUCGUGGUCUGCUUCGCCCCCACCAACAUCAUCCUGAUGGUCCACUACGUCCAGCUGUCCCACAAGUCCAGCGACAGCUCCUACCAGGCGUACCUGCUCUCCAUGUGCGUGGGCAGCAUCAGCUGCUGUCUGGACCCAGUCCUCUAUUACUUUGCCUCCUCUCAGUCCCAGAAGCAGGUGGUGGCGCUGCUCAGAUGUAGGCGACUGGCACGAGCAGACAGCAGCUCAAGAACACAGAGUACAAGGAUGAGCGAGCGGAGAGACAGCAGCAGGCCAUGCAAGGUGGAGAGCGCUCAAGCUGGCCUGGGGAGCCAAUACAGCAGGCUGGUGGCUUAACUGAACUGUUUCUGAGAGACUUUUCAAACUUGCAUCCACAAUGUGUAUUUAAAUAAGGAAAUGGUUUAAUCAAGUCUGUCCAGUGCCUGGUAGUGCUGGACUUAUUAGCUGUUAAUUAUUUUGCUAUCAUGAAAUAUAUUCACCAGUAUGACAGUGUGUGAUAGGUUUGAUUUCAUUUCACAGACAGCUUGGCACUGCCAUAUCUUACUAUCUUAUCUUACUAUAUAAUGACGAAAACUCUGUGGGCGUGUGUCUGUUCCACGUUUGUCUCCUCACUGACUUGGUCAAUCCAUGUGAAAUUUGGCACAGUGGUAGAGGGUCAUGGGAGGAUGCGAAUGAAGCAAUAUUACAUCAAUUGGCCAAAGGGGGGCGCUAUAGCAACCGACUGAAAUUGCAAACUUUGAAUGGGCAUAUCUCAUGCCACAUAUGUUGUAGAGACAUGAAACUUUGCACAGAGAUGCCUCUCCUCAUGAGGAACAAAUUUGUCCCAAGAACCCAUAACUUCCAGUUAUAUAGAUUUUCCACCAUUUUGAAUUUUUUGAAAAACACUUCAAAUCGAUCUCUUCCUAGGAAGUUUGACUGAUCUGCAUGAAACUCGGUGAACAUAAUCUAGGGACCAAUAUCUAAAGUUCCCUCUUGGCAAAAGUUGGAAAACUUACUAAAACUGAGCUUCUAUAAGGCAAUGAAUAUUGCGGAGGGCGUGGCUCAUCACAUAAAGGUGUAUAACAUCUCAAGAGAUUCACCGAGGGGACCCCUCCAUUAUUGACCCCAUCAAACAAAAUGGCGGCGCUAGAGAGCUAAUUUCUUAUCUAGGCCUAACCGCCAUAUGGAUUUUUACUAAACUUGGUAGAUAUGUAGAACAGGACGCCUCAAGGUGACUGGAGAAAUUUAACUCUAAUUGGCAACUGGGUGGCGCUAUAACAACAGAAAAAUGCUUAAAAAUGGCUGAAAUGCGACCGAUUGCUGUGGCUCCCCCUGUGGCUGAAUGUUGUUGGGGUUUUUUCUAAUUUUUGGUAUGACUAAGUCAUGGUAUGGUAUGCUGUACAUAAUCAUGGAAACUGUCAGUGUGUCAUUCUGUCAGUCAGCCAUUCUGUCUGUCCCACAUUUUUCUACUCACUGAUCGUGGUCAAUCUAUGUGAAACUGCACAUAGGCAUUGAGGACUGGCAUAGGUAGAAGGUGACAAAGCUACCAAUGGGUAUGGACUAGUUUAAAUUAGAUUUGUGUUUCAUAUUCUUUUUCAGAGCAUCACUCAGAAAUGUAUCAUCUAGCAAGUAUACUUGAUCAGUUAUCUGGCGAUACACAAAAAUAUUUUUGUCCAAUCCAGCCUUCUUUAAUGGC